CACCUUCAGAUGGAGAUGAAGUAGCAGCGACAGUCGACCGACAGAGAAACAGCAGUGUCUGUACCGCGGAUCUGACUGGAGGUUUGCUUCAGGGGGGAAACAGAGACAGGUGACAGAGCAAACCGAGCAGCGAGCCUCAUCCGCCGACAGACUUCCCCCCCUCCCUCCCUGCCUGCCUGCUACACCUCCCGCAGAUCCCCCACAAUACAUGCAUUUCGAUACUACAUGCCUUUGAAUCUGAUCGGCUAAAGCCCGGUGCAUCAAGAUGGAAAAUUCGCACACUAAAUCGGCGACUGAAGUUUUGGCCAACUUCGGUGUGAACGAGAACACGGGGCUGACUCUGGAGCAGGUCAAAGUCAGUUUGGAGAAAUAUGGACCGAACGAGCUCCCAGCUGAAGAAGGCAAGUCCUUGUGGGAGUUGGUGGUGGAGCAAUUCGAAGACCUCCUGGUCAGGAUCCUGCUGCUCGCUGCCUGCGUCUCCUUCGUGUUGGCUCUGUUUGAAGAAGGAGAGGAGACAACCACCGCCUUUGUCGAGCCUGUUGUUAUUCUUCUUAUCCUCAUUGCCAACGCUGUUAUUGGGGUCUGGCAGGAGCGCAACGCCGAGAGCGCCAUCGAGGCCCUGAAAGAAUAUGAACCAGAGAUGGGGAAAGUCUACCGCAUGAACCGCAAGGCCGUGCAGAGGAUCAAAGCCAGAGACAUCGUCCCGGGAGACAUAGUGGAGGUGGCAGUUGGUGACAAGGUGCCCGCUGACAUCCGAGUGACCUCUAUAAAGUCCACCACCCUGCGAGUGGAUCAGUCCAUUCUCACAGGGGAGUCGGUGUCUGUUAUCAAACACACCGACCCUGUUCCUGACCCCAGAGCUGUCAACCAGGACAAAAAGAACAUGCUGUUUUCCGGCACCAACAUUGCUUCAGGUCGCGCCAUAGGCGUCGUCAUCGCUACCGGCGUCAACACCGAGAUCGGCAAGAUCCGAAACCAGAUGGCGGCCACAGAGCAGGAGAGGACGCCACUGCAGCAGAAGCUGGACGAGUUUGGACAGCAGCUCUCCAAGGUCAUCUCCCUGGUGUGUGUCGCGGUGUGGGUCAUCAACAUCGGCCACUUCGGAGACCCCGUCCACGGCGGCUCCUGGGUCAGAGGGGCUAUUUACUACUUUAAGAUUGCCGUGGCUCUGGCUGUGGCCGCCAUCCCCGAGGGCCUGCCCGCUGUCAUCACCACCUGCCUGGCUCUCGGCACACGUCGCAUGGCCAAGAAGAACGCCAUCGUUCGCAGCCUGCCCUCCGUGGAGACCCUCGGCUGCACCUCAGUCAUCUGCUCUGAUAAGACGGGCACUCUCACCACCAACCAGAUGUCUGUGUGCAGAAUGUUCGUCAUAGACAAGGUUCAAGAUUCAAACUGCACACUUCACGAGUUCUCCAUAACUGGAUCAACGUACGCCCCCGAGGGACAAAUCCUGAAAGGAGACAGGCCCGUCCAAUGUGGAGACUAUGACGGACUUUUGGAGUUGGCCACUGUGUGCUCCAUGUGCAAUGACUCCUCAUUGGACUACAAUGAGGCCAAAGGUGUUUACGAGAAGGUGGGCGAGGCCACAGAGACCGCUCUCACCACCCUGGUGGAGAAGAUGAACGUCUUCAAGAGUGACCUAUCCGGUCUCAGCAAAGUGGAGCGCGCCGGGGCCUGCAACUCGGUGAUCAGACAGUUGAUGAAGAAGGAGUUCACGCUGGAGUUUUCUCGCGACCGCAAGUCAAUGUCCGUCUACUGCACGCCAGUCAAGCCGGGCUCCCAGAGCAAGAUGUUCAUCAAGGGAGCUCCAGAGAGUGUCAUCGAGAGGUGCAUGUACCUGCGGGUGGGAAAUGGAAAGGUGGCGCUCACUACAGCCCUGCGUGAGCAGCUGUUGUCAAAGAUCAGGGAAUGGGGGACGGGCAGAGACACUCUGCGCUGCCUGGCUCUGGCGACUCACGACACACCGCCACGCAAGGCCGACAUGGAUUUGGAGAAUUCCACCAAGUUUAUGGAGUAUGAGUUGGGCCUCACCUUUGUCGGCUGCGUGGGAAUGCUCGACCCGCCCAGGAAGGAGGUGAUCGGCUCCAUCAAACUGUGCAACGAGGCAGGUAUUCGCGUGAUCAUGAUCACAGGAGACAACAAGGGCACAGCGGUGGCCAUCUGCAGGCGAAUCGGCAUCUUCGGAGAGGAGGAGGAGGUGACGGGAAAGGCCUACACGGGCCGCGAGUUUGACGACCUCCCAGCGGACGAGCAGAGGGACGCCGUCAAGCGGGCCCGCUGCUUUGCCCGCGUCGAGCCGGCUCACAAGUCUAAGAUCGUCGGGUUCCUGCAGUCAUUCGACGAGAUUACUGCGAUGACAGGAGACGGUGUAAAUGAUGCUCCAGCCCUGAAGAAAGCAGAGAUUGGUAUUGCUAUGGGCUCCGGGACUGCUGUAGCCAAGUCGGCCUCUGAGAUGGUUCUGUCUGACGAUAACUUCUCCACCAUCGUGGCCGCAGUGGAGGAGGGCAGAGCCAUCUACAACAACAUGAAGCAGUUCAUCCGAUACCUCAUCUCCUCUAACGUGGGGGAAGUGGUCUGCAUCUUCCUUACAGCCAUACUUGGUCUGCCUGAGGCUUUGAUUCCAGUGCAGCUGCUGUGGGUUAACCUGGUGACCGAUGGUCUGCCUGCUACUGCCCUGGGAUUUAACCCCCCAGACCUGGACAUCAUGGACAAACCUCCCCGCAACCCAAAGGAGCCUCUCAUCUCUGGCUGGCUCUUCUUCAGAUAUCUGGCUAUUGGAGGAUAUGUGGGUCUUGGAACAGUAAGUGCUGCCACAUGGUGGUACCUGUUUGACGAGGAAGGCCCACAAGUGUCUUUCUAUCAGCUGAGUCAUUUCAUGCAGUGUACUGAGGACAACCCCCUGUUCCAAGGCCUGGACUGUGAGGUGUUUGAAUCCCGCUACCCCACAACCAUGGCUCUGUCCGUGCUGGUCACUAUUGAAAUGUUCAAUGCGCUCAACAGUUUGUCGGAGAACCAGUCCCUGCUCAGGAUGCCUCCCUGGGUCAAUAUCUGGCUGCUGGGAGCCAUCAUCCUCUCCCUCUCCCUCCACUUCUUAAUCCUCUAUGUUGAGCCUCUGCCGCUGAUUUUCCAGGUGACCCCUCUGCACUGGUCUCAGUGGAUUGUGGUCUUGAAGAUUUCCAUCCCAGUCAUCCUCCUGGAUGAGGCUCUGAAAUAUAUCUCCAGGAAUCAUCUGGAAGCCUAAGUUUUUCUAUCUCACCUUCUGUGAACAAGUUGAUGAUGAGAGCAAAUAUCGGAGGAGAUGGCUACAGAACUAAGACCUCUCGCUCUACACACGCACACAGUUAGACACACAUCUACCCUCUUCCCUUUUCUUUUUUUGUUGAGCUAAGAGCCUUCCCUCUCUCCCCCUGUCCUCGUUCCCCCACUCCUGCAUGUCCAACAAACCACCACUAGAAAUGAGCAGGGUUUGCAUGACAAUGAGUGUGUGUUUCUGCGCGCAUGGCUUGGUACAAGUGUGUGAGUAGAUGAACACGGUGUGUGUGUGUGUGUGUGCCUGAGAAGGGGCCAAUGCAGGAAUGUCUUUAAAGAGAGCAAGACACAAGUGCAAAAAAAGAGAUAAAUAUGGCUCUGCUUUUUAAAGAUUUCUGCUUUUUCUUUUUUUUUUUUUCUUUCUUUCUUUCCUUGUUUUUUUUUGACUGUACAGUACAAACAUAGUGGUGCAGUAACUGGACUUUGGGGAGGAACGGAGACAGAGGACAGGGCAAUGUGGGAUGAUAAUAUUGUGUGGGAGGGGAGGGGGUUUGAAAUCCACACAGAGACUGAAAGAGAGGUUUGAGAGGUGACAGGUUGCACGCACUGGCAAAGGAAGAGCAUCAGCGAGAAUGUGGGAGGUGGAAAAGAAGCGGCUCUCGAGGCGGCGUGAAUGUGUGCGAGACUGGCGCGGAGAGCCUCUGUACCUGUGUAUGUGUGUGUGUGUGUGUGUCCACAAGAGCAUUAUGUCGAAGUAUACUGACCAGACUUCUUCCACACACACACUCUGCUGCUGCUGCUGCUGGAUUCCAGUCAGCUCUGCAGGAGCAUGGCACGUCAUCAGCACAACUUAGUUGUUCCUCUGGCCGUUUUUUCUUUCUUCCACUGCUGCUCCUUUGUCGCCACUUUCACCACAUAAAGAAGUCCCAUUGAUUGUAUUUUAUGCCGCGUUACUCUUCCUGUUUUUUUUUUGGCUCUUUCUCUCCAUAUCUCUUUCUUUGCUCUCUGUUGUGGAGGCAGCUGUGCCCCCCCCCCCC